AGUGCUGAGCCAGAUACGACAGUCACAAAUGUCGAAUCAACUACUUCACCUGCGACUACUUCGUCAAGUACUGCGCCAGAUACAACUGUUACAGAUGUCGAAUCAACUACUUCACCUGCGACUACUACCACAGAACUAUCGUCAAGUACUGAGCCUGAUACUACACCAGAAGCCUCUAGCACUGGUACUACAAACGAAAGCGAACCUUCAGAAACAACCACAGAUUUCGCGACUACACCUAACUCUGAUUUUACUUGCACCAAGGCAGGACGUUUCCCCAAUUUGAACGACGCUAGUUGUGGUUCGUACAUUCUCUGCGCUGUAUACAAUGGAGCUUUUAUCUCUCAAAUACAAUCAUGUAGUAAUUCCAAUUUCGAUCCCGAUCUUGGUCGAUGCUCCUUGGACUAUGUAUGUCCAGGAGAAGUCACAUCAACUCCGCUUCCAGGAACAACACUUGAAACAGAUCUUCCAACAACUCAAUCAUCGACGACAACAGAUGAGGGAGCAUCGACGACAAGUACAGAAGAGUCGUCUACUGUUACUGAACCGCCGAAUUUCGAAUGUACACGAAAUGGUAGAUAUCCAAAUACAGCAGAGCCCGGUUGUAAGAGUUAUUUAGCUUGCAAAGGUAGUGGACCAUUCACAGUUGAAAUAAUUUGGUGUAACGGAACAGAAAUAUAUUCGCCAAAUCACGGUCGAUGUGUUCGGCCAGAUGAGUAUGUUUGUCCAGAUGCUACGACUACGCCAACUACCGAGACUUCUACUGAAUUUCACUCAAGCGAGUCUGGUGAAAUCACGAAUACAGAUGGAUCUAGUACUACAUCGGACCUCAGCUCUACAACACUUAUCGAUGUGUCGACCUAUCCACCUGAAUGUAUGGCUGAGCCACUAAACCAAUUUAGGUGCCCAGAAUCUGGAAGAUAUAAAGACGUCAACAGCACAGAUUGUAAGACCUACAUUUUGUGCCUGAGAACAGUUAUCGGUCAGUUAGUAUAUGCAUAUUUAAAUUGUGAAGAUGGAACCAUUUUCUCCGAUGAAGCUAGGAUGUGCGUUCCAAGCCAUACGUACAUGUGCGGGCAGUAAUAUCCGACCGAAUUUCUAUGUAUUACACGAAACAAUGAAAAACACGAAACUAUUAAGCUAAAUAAAUUAUUAUC